AUGUUUCCAACCUUAUUCCAACUCGCUGCCAAGUCAGCUGCUCAAGGGAUUCAUAAUGAUAAUAUUCCAAUCGAUUUCAGUUCGGAUACAAAAUCCAGUAACGCAGUAGUCAGAGAGCUUUUAGAGUUGGAUCCGAAGAAUAUUGAAAAACUAAAAACGCAUAAAAAUCAGCUAUCAAGAUUGAGAGAACUGGAUUUGAGAAAGUGUGAAAUUGAUGGAGAAGGAAUUUCGAAUUUGAAAAAUUUCACAUUGAAUUCACUGGAUUUCGGAGAGUUGCACCAUUUGAAGGCGAAAUUUCCAGUACCAAUAUAUUAUGGUAGAAUCAACAUUGUGAGUUUAUUGGAGAGAGCACUGAAUGCUCAUUCACAAGAAAUGAUAAUCCAUUUGGGAUUUUCUGGCAUGGAGGAGUUCCAAAUUGGGUGGGAGGAAAAGAUCUCCAAACUUCUCCCAUCUCUCCAAAGCAUCAAAAUCAUCCACAAGGUAUUCAGCGAACCAUGUGGAUUCUCAAAUCUCUGUAUCUCGUUUCCAAACCUUCGAACCUUGGAUAUUUCUUCCGCGAGAUGUGUAUCAACUUUGAAAGGAAUACAAAAUAUCAAAAGUCUACAAAAACUAGUGAUGCGUAAUGUAAGAAUCGAAGACAGUGAUGGGUACAAAGAGUUGUCCGAAUUGAAGAACUUAAGGGUUUUGGUUGUUUCGGAUGAAGAUAAUCGCAACGUAAACAGUAGGGUUCGGGUGAUUAGAAGUCUAUUGCAAGCUGAGGUCCGAAUGCCAAGUUUGGAGUUUCUAGACUGUUCGAUGACAUCUGUCGAGGAUCAUGAACUGAAAUUAUUUGUAGAGCAUCAUCCAUCAUUGAAGACUGUUGUGGCCAUAUCCACAAGGUGUGAAAAUUCACAUAUUUCAACCAUCAACCUUCUGAAUUGCCUUACAACUCAUUCUACUAUGAAGUCUCUGGAAUACGCAAUCUCAAAUGAUAGAGAUCGAUUGGCUGAAAGUUGCAUAGUUUUCAUAGGGAAAAAACUAAACAUAAUUCACAACCAAUUGAAAGAUUCUGAAAUCAGCGAAUUCUUGAAUACACUGUGCUACGUUUUAAAAGAAUCGAAAAACGAUAUGGUGAAGGCGUUCGCAAUUUCCUGUUUUUCCAUUGCGAGUUUCUUUGGAACUGAACGUUUCAUCGAAUUGUUUUGGCUGGAGACUCCUGGAAUGGUAGAACUCAUCUUCAAAUCCUGGGAAAAUUUCAAAUGCUCAGCUAAAAGAGAAUCCGUCUUUUCUUUAGUUUUAACAAUUUUCGAGCGGAUGAUAAAUUUUUGGAAAAUGGGAAAAAUAUUACAGGAUAGACUCUUGCAAUUCAUCAUGGAGAAAACUGUGGAGCUAUCUUGUGUGUAUAGUGGAUAUAUUCAUAGAGUAACUUCGAUUUUAAUUGAAGCACAUCGAUUCAUGAGCUUGGAUCUGUAUACAACAUUGUUUAUGGAUAGGAAAAUGGUCAAAGGACUCUUCGAUUUUGCUCAUUAUUUGAUUAAACUUGAUCCCCAGUCAUAUCAACGGAUUUUGGAACUCUACGUCAGAUAUCUCUACCAAGCAUCGAAAGAAAUGCUAAAUUACUUAGUAUCAAAUUGUCAAGCAGUGGAAAAAUGCUAUGAACAAGUUAUGAUGAUUUCUCAAUUGCCGACAAAGGAAGCACAAAAAAAUUUAGCAGAAAUGGUUCUUAGAUUGAUAUGGGUUAUUGACACAAAUGGAUUCCGCAACCCGUCUGAUAAGUCUAGAGCUCUCAUGUUCUGUUCAACCCUUUCUAUUCUUCUCGCCAAGAAUCUAAUCGUCAAUCGAGAAGACGUAAACACUAAAAUUAAAGAUUUCAAUGAUAGUUGGGGUCAAUCGAGCCUCCUAGAUUGUCCAAAAAUGAGUGCCAAUGUAUUUAAAACUAUACUGAAUUCCGAACACUCUACGGAUCAAUCGAUUCACUUUGGUUUUCUGUUAAUGCACACUUAUAUCAAUGUCGAAUGCUUUUUGGAAUCGAAAGAAUUGUGGAAUUGGAUGAAAACUAUAUCGGAAUGGUAUCGAAACAGUCGAAAAGCGACGAAAAACACAAGAGAGUCAACAGCAGCGAUUCUGGAUGAAAUGAGAAUGGUCGAGAAACAAUGGUGGUCUCAAUUUCUCCCUGUAUCAGAAUUUUUCUAA